AUGACUGACGAGGUUAAAAGCGCCAAAGAUGCGGCCGCCAGCGACGCGUCCAAGGCUACGUUCCUGUUCUUCAACGCGUUGGAAAACAACAACACUGACAGAUCCUUGUUUGAGGAUCUGAUGGUGCCGAUUGUGGGUCACGACUCGGUGCCAAUGCUCGCAAAUCUCGGGCAGCACGAUAAGAAGGAAGAGAAGAAGAAGAAGAAGGCUCUUAAGGACCCUAACGCUCCGAAGAAACCUUUAACGUCUUUCUUCCUGUACUCCAAUGCCAUGAGAGACAUCAUCGUGAAGGAAAGAAUGCUUUCUGGGGAAAGCAGUCUGUCCCAGCCGGAAAUCGCACAGGAGACCUCCAAGAGAUGGAAGGAGCUCAGCGACAGCGAGAAGGCUAAGUGGAAAGAGCUCUAUGAAGAGCAGAAAGCCAUGUACGAAGAGGAAAACAAAAAAUACCUCCUUGCCAAGGAAACCGGUGCUGCAUACACCGCUCCAAAGAAGCCAGAAACUGCGCCAACACCAUCCAGUUUGAAGAAGAGCGACCACGAGAAGAAGAAGGAGAAGAAGAAGAAGAAGAAGGAAAAGCAGCAGCAGCAGCAGCAACUCCUUAUGGGCGAUUAA